CAUUUUGGGAGCUUCCUGCCGAGCAUGAACGAGAUCAAGAUCACCGUGCUGGGAGGUGAAGGUGUUGGCAAGUCAGCUCUCAUCGUCCGGUUCUUCACGAGACGUUUUAUUGGCGAGUAUGCAUCCUCAUCAGAAUGCAUAUACAGAAAGGGUCUGUCUGUGGAUGGAAGGCAGAUGAACCUGGAGUUCUACGAGCCCUGCUGUCAGUCCAGCGAGGGUAAAGAUCAUAUUCGCCGUGCUGAUGGUUUUAUUGUGGUCUAUGAUAUCAGCGAUCGCUCCUCUUUUCUUACUGCCAGAACCUUCGUGAAGCUCAUCAGGGAGGUCCACUUGGGAUCAGCCAAAAGGGAUGUCGAGUCUCUUAUAUUUGUGGUGGCUAACAAACACGACCUGUGCCACAUGCGAGAGGUGCGACGUGAGGAAGGUCAGCAUCUGGCGGCAGAGUUCCGAUGUCAGUUCCACGAGCUGUCGGCGGCCGAGCACUACCAGGAGGUGGCACGCAUAUUCUCCCAGAUGGUGCUGAGUGCCAGCCUGAGGAGCAAAGCGAAGGAGCGCAGGAGACGACCCAGCGGUUCCAAGUCCGUGGCCAAACUUAUUAACAAUGUUUUUGGCAAAAGGAGGAAAUCGGUGUGAAGCGUUGUCGGAGUAUGUGAGGAUCGACUGAUGGGCUAGACCAGGGGUGGGCAAACUACGGCCCCGGGGGCCACAUCCGGCCCGCCAAGUGUUUGAAUACGGCCCGCCCAAUCGUUCAAAAGUAUUUAAUUUAAAGUCAACAUACAACCUGGCAUCAUGGCCUGAGCCAACCUUUUGAUGGUUGUAUCAAUUUCAUUGUUUGACAUGGUCUGUUGUUUACA